UAUUGUGUCGGUGAAAAAUCAAUGCACUGUGGGCGUUAUAAGAAAACUACCUAUAAACCCAAAAACAGAGUGCUCUGAGAAAGGUAGCGUUUUUUUUGUGGUUGUUUUUUUCUCAAUUCUCAACCAUGGAGAAGCAGAAGACAGUGAUGGGUUUGAUUCUGUUGCUGCUGUUAUUUGCUUCGGAUGUGAGUGCUUGGACUGGUGAAAUCCAUGGAAGAGUUGUUUGUGAUGUUUGUGGGGAUUCUUCUCUCGGACCUGAAGACCAUGUUCUCGAAGGUGCUGAGGUUGCUGUUCUUUGCAUCACCAAAUCUGGGGAGGUUCUAAAUUAUCAGGCAUUCACUGAUGCUAAGGGGAUAUACACAGUGGCCGAGACAAUGCCGGAGAGUGAUCGUUGGGAUGCAUGUCUUGCCCGACCAAUCAGUAGUUUCCAUGAGCAAUGCACUCAACUUGGUGAAGGCAGCAUUGGGGUUAAAUUCAGUUACAAUCAUCCAUCAGGACAUUCACACACUGUCAGGACCUUUGUUUAUCGACCCACCAGUGUUCCAACUUACUGCAUUUGAUAUAUACUAAUGAGUAUAUGAAUCUGAGAGUGUCUAUGCUUGAUUGAACUAGUGCAAAACUAAUGAGUAUAUGAGCAUAUUUUAUUUAUACUAUAUGUAUGUGUAGUGGUGUUCCGGUAUGUAUUUCUAUAGAGCAUAGUCAAAGUAAGCAUGAGACGUUUAAGUAACUGUAAAUGGCAAUAUUAUAGAGAGCAAUGCAAAAUCAUUGUCAUUGAGCAAUGCAA